UCAGCCAUGGCCAGCACUUCGCUCUUUGUUGUUGCUAUAGAUUUUGGCACCGCCUACAGCGGGUACUGUUUUUCCCUUGCUUCAGGGGUAGGUCAAAUCCGCCAGGUGUUCUGGGGAGCAGAGCACGGGCUCAAGACCCCAAAGACACCAACAUGCGUCCUAUUCAACGAGAAGAAGGAGUUCAGGAAAUUUGGUUAUGAUGCUGUGAUGAAAUACAACAGUUUGCCCUGCAGCGAAGCUCACAAGUGGUACUUCUUCCAGAACUUCAAGAUGAACCUGUACAACACGAAAGUCACUUCUGGCAUGGAACUGGAAGCAAGCAAUGGAAAGACACUUCCUGCCCUGACAGUCUUUUCCGAAAGCCUCCGCUACAUGAAGGACCAUGCCAUGGGCACCAUUCAGAAUGCCUCUUUCCAAACUGUCUAUGACCAUGAGGAGGUCACCUGGGUCAUUACCGUCCCAGCUAUAUGGAGCGCUGCGGCCAGGCAGUUCAUGAGGCUGGCAGCAAAAGAGGCAGGAUUCAUCUCUGAUGUGUUUUCUGAGAAGCUGAUUAUUGCCCUGGAGCCAGAGGCUGCAUCACUCUGGUGCAAACAGCUUCCACAGGAAGGGUUUAUGGUAGAUAGCAGUGACAAUAAAAAGUUUGAAGACUCUCCAGGGAUCCAGUAUGCUGUUGUUGACUGUGGAGGUGGCACAGUAGACAUCACAGUACAUGAAAUCCAAGAAAAUCAUUACCUUAAAGAGUUACACAAGGCAUCUGGAGGUGGAUGGGGAGGCAACACGGUAGAUGAAAACUUCAGUGCAUUCCUCAAGGAAAUAUUCAGUGAUGGUGUAUGGGAUGAAUAUGUAAAGAGUCACUCUACAGAAUUACAACAAAUGAUGUACAAUUUCAGUCUACAGAAAUGCUCUGCUCAUAGAGAGGAGGUCUACAUACGCUGCUACUACAACUUGACCAGACUGGCAGAGAGCAAGAAGGAUAUCUCCCACUUCUUCAAAAAAGUAAAGGGAGCUGCGUGGCAGGAUGGGACAAUCAUGAUCACAUACGAGAAAAUGAAAAGCUUCUUUGACUAUAGCACCAAAAAAAUCAUUGGUGCUUUGAAGGAAAUUCUUCAAAAGCCUGAGACAGCUAAGGUCCAGUACAUUUUGCUUGUGGGAGGCUUUGCAUCCAGUAUCAUCUUGAGGGAUGAGAUCUGUCAGGCCUUCAGCAAUAAGUAUCAUAUCCUUUGUCCAGUAGAGAUGCAAGCAGCCAUUGCAAAAGGGGCCGUUUUAUUUGGAGCCGAUCCACAGACUAUUACCUCAAGAAUCAGUGCUCGGACAUAUGGCGUAGCAAUAACUCAGAAAUUUGAUCCUGCUAUCCAUGAUUUAUGUAAACGGAGAGUCUCCAAAUCUGGUGACUAUGUUUAUUGUGAUGAUCUCUUCAAGAAAUUGGUGGGAAUUGAGGAGUCAGUGAAUAUAAAUGAAGUUGCCCAUUAUACUUUCUAUCCAACAGAACCAGAUCAGACAAGUGUAGACUUUUCUUUCUAUUGCACAGAAAAGCAGGAUGCUCAGUAUAUAGAUGAGGAAGGGCUGGAACUACUUGGCUCCUGCAGGGUUCCAAUGCCAGACACAAGGCUGGGAAAGAUGCGUGAACUCAAGCUGGAGAUUAAAUUUGGGCUCACUGAAUUUAAAGCUACAGGUACUGAUGUUACUUCCAACCAAAGUCAGACAGUUAUGAUAAAUUUUUUAGCUGUGUAA